CGGCAUUUCGGUCCCUCCUAAUUCUGCCCGUCCUCUGGGGAAAAGUUGGGGUCGUCCGAACUGAGGCCGUGUGUGGCGGGGUGGGGGUAUCUGUGCAGAAUCACGGGCAGCAGGUGGGAGAAGAGGAGGCCGAGCCGAGGGAACGCACAGGGGCUCGGCCGUGACGACCUCGGGCCAGAGGUCCCUCCUGGUCUGGAGAGAUGAGCCCUAGGCUUUGGCUGAUUAUGGAGUGAGUGGCCGUUCAGCUUCAGAGCUGCGGAAAGGCCCGGAUGGAGAAUGAGCAGCCAGCCUUACGGCCUCGGACCCAGACCACACUGGUGGGAGGCAAAAGAAGGAAGCUCAGCCCAGAUCCUUGGAGCCCGGCCACUCUGCUGGAGAGCAUUUCCCUGGGCCAAGUCACUGGCAUUUAGGAGUUCCUGUCCUGCUGGAGGUGGUUCUUCACUCUCCUGUGGCUCCAGCUCAGGGAUUGUCCUCCCAGAACACAGCAGAUGCACUCAGGGGGAGCCCAGCAGCGAGGGCCAGGAACUGCUCCCCAUCUCCAUCUCAGGAAAAUGCUGAUUCAGGGCAGGGUCCUGCUCUUGACCAUCUGUGCAGCUGGCAUUGGUGGGACUUUUCAGUUUGGCUACAACCUCUCCAUUAUCAAUGCCCCGACCUUGGGACAGGGUCUUCUUCUUGCUUGGGCUGGUUUUGAACUCCUGAGCUCGAGGGAUCCACCUGCCUCAGUCUCCCAGAGUACUAAGAUUACAGGUGUGAGUCACCAUGCCCGGCUAUGAAUUGUAUCCUUUAUAAGAUACUGGUAAAUGUAAGUAAAAUGCCUUCCUGAGUUUUGUGAGCUAUUCUAGCAAGAAGACCCUCAAGGAGAGGGUCAUAGCACCCCCAGUUGAUGGCUGGCUGGUUGGAACUACAGGAAGGUUGUACUUGUAGUUGGCAUCUGAAGUAAGGGACGUGGGGACUCAGUCUUGCAGGACUGAGGCCCUUUGACUUGUGGAGUUGGAUGCUAUUGCCCGGUGCACUGUGUCAGAAUUGGAUUAAAUCGAACUCAGGAGGCACAGUGUCUGUUCUUGGCACCUGUCUUGGAGGGCCCUGGACCCCUGUUGGGAUCAGGCCUGUCUUGUCUAGCACCCUCUGUCCCAUCCCUAGGAAGCUGACUCGCAUUUCCGUCCUCAGCACAUUCAGGAAUUCACCAAUGAGACAUGGCGGGCACGUACUGGCCGUCCACUGCCUGACCACCUGAUUCUGCUAGUGUGGUCCCUCAUCGUGUCUCUGUACCCCUUGGGGGGCCUCUUUGGAGCAUUGCUUGCAGGACCGCUGGCCGUCACACUGGGAAGAAGUCCCUUUUGGUGAAUAACAUCUUUGUGGUGGCUGCCGCGAUCCUGUUUGGCUUCAGCCGCAAAGCAGGCUCCUUCGAGAUGGUGAUGCUGGGGAGACUGCUCACGGGAGUCAGUGCAGGUGUGAGCAUGAGCGUCCAGCCCAUGUACCUGGGGGAGAGUGCCCCCAAGGAGCUCCGAGGAGCCGUGGCCAUGACUUCAGCCAUCUUCACAGCUCUGGGUAUUGUGAUGGGGCAGGUGGUUGGACUCAGACCGUGCCCAUAUGUGUCCAAGCAAUGUGCAAAGCGGAUUUCAGGCUGUGUGAAUCCCCUUUUUCCAUCCGCUCCAGAGCAGGGGGCAGAGAGCAGGUCUUGCCAUAGGAGAGGGGAGCUCCUGGGCAGCCCUGAGGCCUGGCCCCUGCUGCUGGCCAGCUGUGUGGUGCCUGGGGCACUCCAGCUCAUCUCCCUGCCUCUGCUCCCCGAGAGCCCACGCUACCUCCUCAUUGACCGUGGAGACACCGAAGCCUGCCUAGCAGCGCUGCAGUGGCUGCGAGGCUCCAGGGACGUGACGGGGGAGCUGGAGGAGCUGGAGGAAGAGGGCACGGCCUGCCGGGACCGCUGUGCCUGGCGCCCCUGGCAGCUGUUCCAGCAUCGGGCCCUUAGGAGGCAGGUGACAAGCCUGGUAGUGUUGGGCAGUGCCAUGGAGCUCUGUGGGAAUGACAUGAUAUACGCCUAUGUCUCCACUGUGUUCCGGGAGGUGCGGGUGCCGGAGGAGAAGGUCCAGUACGCCAUUAUUGGAACCGGGAGCUGUGAGCUGUUCUCCGCAGUUGUCAGCUGUGUGGCCAUUGAGAGGCUGGGCCGGCGGGUGCUGCUGACAGGAGGGUACUGCCUGAUGGCCUGCUGGGGCAGCAUCUUCACAGUGGCCCUGUGCCUGGAGGGCUCCUUCCCUGGGAUGCCCUACCUGGCCAUGGCCUGCAUCUUUGCCUUCAUCCUCAGCUUUGGCAUUGGCCCCGCCGGGGUGACAGGGAUCUUGGCCACAGAGCUGUUUGACCAGAUGGCCCGGCCUGCUGCCUACAUGGUCUGUGGGGCAAUCAUGUGGACCAUGCUCUUCCUGGUCGGGUUGGGCUUCCCCUUUGUGGUGGAGGGCUUGUCCCACUUCUUCUUCGUCCCUUUCCUCGGUGUCUGUGUCUGUGCAUCCAUCUACACUGCUUUGUUCCUCCCCGAGACCAAAGGCAAGACCUUCCUAGAGAUCUCACAGGAAUUACACAAACUCAACUUCUCCAGGCGGGCGCACAGCCCCUCAUGGACAGGCCCAGAGGUCAUCUGUUCUACAGAGCUUUAGUUCCAAAGGGGUGGCCAGGGACCAAUACCACUUGCUAUCCGGCCUUUGCCUCCUGCGAGGGCCUCGGCCUUCACUCAGCCCUGCACUCCUGUUUCACUGGUGUUUAGUGAGCGCUUGUCACCUGCAGACAUGGUGCCAGGGGCUCAGCCGUCAUGAGGAGAGUGGAGUUCUAGUCUGGAGGCAACUGACUGGCAGGAAAACAAUAAGAAUCACAAUACAAACUUGGGAAAUGCAGUGGAAGAAAAACCCAGCUUGUGGUUGGUAUGCCUAUACUAUGUAUAGCAGGUGGCCUCACCUAGUUUGGGAGGGGAUGAUCAGAAAAACGUUUUCAGAGGAACUGAUUUUUUAAUCAACUUUACACAGAUAUAAUUUCCAUACAAACAACCAUUCUAAGUAUUCUUUUGAUGAGUUUUGACAGAUGGACAGAUCCAUAAGACGCCACCACUGUGAAGAUGGAACACUUACAUCACCCUAAAGGUCCUCUCCUGCCCCUUGCUGGAGCCUCAGGCAAUGCUUUAUGUCACUACUGCUCAGAUUUGCCUUUUGCAGACUUUGGUGUAAUUCCAGACUGUGUGUAUGCCUUGGUGUCUACCUUUGCUCCAGGUCAAGUUUUCAGAUUCAGGGACACUGCUGCACGUGUCAAUAUAUAUUCCUUUGUAUUGCUGAGCGCCCGUCCCCUCGAUGGAGAGACCAUGGUUUGUUUAUCUGUUUGCCUGUUGGUGGAUGUUUGGCCUGUUUCUGAAUCUUGGCUAUCAUGAAUAAAACUGCUAUGAACAUUUCUACACA